ACUAGAAGACAGUUCCUGAAAGUUCCAGUUAAGGAUCAGAAUUACUACUAUUGUUAAGAAGUAGCUAGUAAUUAAGUAGUUUACUGAGACCAAGAAAUUCGAAAAUUCUUUGAAUUUUGGAUUUGACUUCGACAUCCCAAAAACUACCAGAGCUCCAGAACUUGAACAAAUCUGACUCCUUCUGAUCUGAGGACCCACCUCCGCCUUUGACACCGGAGGUCGUUGUCGUCGUCGUCUCGCUCUUGUUGUUGGUAGGCUCUCACAAGGUUUCAUUUCCAUGGCUUCUGAAAUCGUUUUCAGGCCGAAAGUCUGAAUUCUGAAACUAAUAUAUGGCCGGUUUUAAACGUGUUUCGAAUUUUACAGUAAGAUUCAGAGGGUUUCACGAUCUGAUUCCGAUUCGGUUCUGGUUCUGGGCAUUUUGUGAAGUUUGUUGGAGAUAAUAGUAAAGCUUUUGCCAAUUCUUCUGUGUCUCUUGUUCUAUUUUUAAGAAGAUAUGUCCCAUAAGUUCUUAAAAGCUUGCUUUCCAUUUCAGAAGAGCGUCUGCUUAAGUAUCUGAACUAGCAGAAGCAAAAUUAAGAAGAUGAUGAAACACGAAAGGCAGAGUUAAACAGCUCAUGAUCAUGGCUUUUGUUUUGUUUUUGUGUAUACAAUAAAGGUUUCUGCUGCUAUACUAUCGAUCUAUUUCAUCAUCAAAUCUAGCAUUUUCAUAUAUAUGUUUGUGGUUUUACUUGAAAAUCUUCCUUGAUCAAUUUUCUUCUCAGCUUUGUUUUAACUGGAGACUUGGAAUCCAUGCCAUGCACAUGUCAAAGUGUCAAACCAAAAGAAUAAAUGAUUAAGAUAACUGGCGCGUCACACACGCACGUCAGUGCUAAUACUAUUAUAUUCAUAUAUAGUAUAUAUCUGGUUUUCCAGGAAGCUAGCUAGCUUUAAGGAUAUAGGGUUCGCAUGGUGGCAUUAGUGUAGUUCCAUCGAAACUCAGUGGCUUUCUCAGGGCAUGAACCAGUAUAUAAACCACAGCUCACUCUCUCCGAUUUCAUCGAUUCCUACCUCUCUCUCUCUCUCUCUCAUCAGUUCUUCUCCAUCGAUUGAAGUCUGUGUCUGUGAGCCACCAUGUACAAACUCACUGCGCUGUUGGUGCUACUAUGCACUGCUAGCCACACAAGUUUAUCUGCUCCUACUGAUGGUCUAUUACCGAAUGGCAACUUCGAGUAUGGCCCUAAACCGUCACAAAUGAAAGGCACGGUGGUAACAGCCCACAAUGCCAUUCCCAACUGGGAAACCUCAGGCCAUAUUGAAUACAUAAAAUCCGGCCACAAGCAAGGCGACAUGUUGCUGGUGGUCCCCGAGGGUGGCUCCGCCAUCAGGCUUGGAAACGACGCCUCGAUCAAGCAGAAGAUCAAGGUGACCAAUGGCGGCUUCUACUCCAUAACGUUCAGUGCGGCCCAUACGUGUGCACAAGAGGAGACAGUGAACAUUUCAGUCAAUCCCAACAUUGAGAAACAAGACUUUGGCAUAAUUCCGGUUCAGACCACGUACAGCAACACUGGUUGGGAUUCAUAUUCUUGGGGCUUUAAAGCUUUUGCUGAUGAGAUUGAGGUAACCAUCCAUAACCCGGGGGUGGAGAAGGAUCCAGCUUGUGGCCCGCUAAUCGAUUCGGUUGCUUUGAAGGUCAUGGAGAUUCCUCAGCGUACUAGAGCCAACUUGUUGAAGAAUGGCAACUUCGAAGAAGGACCUUAUUUGUUUCCCAGCACAUCAUGGGGUGUCCUCAUCCCACCGCACAUCGAAGACGACCACAGUCCACUACCAGGCUGGAUCAUCGAAUCCCUCAAGGCCGUUAAAUACAUCGACUCCAAUCACUACACCGUCCCCGAAGGUCGAAGGGCCAUCGAGCUCGUCGCCGGAAAAGAGAGCGAAUUGACCCAGGUGGUCUUCACCAAGCCCGGCAGGCGCUACGCUCUCACAUUCUUCGUUGGCGACAGCAACAACGGCUGCCAAGGCUCCCUCGUUGUCGAGGCAUUUGCCGGCAAGGACACGGUGAAGGUUCCUUACGAGUCCAAAGGCGAAGGAGGGUUCAAGAAGGCCAGGCUCCUCUUCACCGCCGUGUCGCCGCGCACACGUAUCAUGUUUCUGAGCACGUUCUAUACCAUGUCGAGCGAUCACUCCGGCUCUCUGUGUGGUCCGGUGAUCGAUGAUAUCAAGUUGCUCAUCAUUCGCGGACGACGUGUUUGAUUGAUGCUGAUAGAAGUUAGUUGUGUGAGACCGAGAUGAUGAAAUAAUGCUUGAGCCUUUUUAAUUAUAUGUUAAUUAAUUAAUUAUAUAAUAAUGGGUCAUUGACCAAAAGCUCCAAAAUAAGCUAAAGUUAUCCCACUU